CAGUGAAGCAGAAAACGUCUCCCCUGCGGUCCACAAAGCAUUCUGCAACACCCCGCGGAAGAACGUUUAUGCCUCCUCGUAACGGGUCACUACCGAAGCAGAAUGGUACUACGGUCUGUCAUAUUUUUACGACCACAUCAAAUACUGCUUCGCUGUCGUCAUUGCGGUAGUUGCCGUUGUUGCUGUUGCUGCUGCAGCUCUGGGGAAGUCUGUUGCUACCAGCAUCAUCAUCCGAGGACGGCCCACGGUCACCCAAGUGUAACACAAUCUAGACCUCGAUGCGGGACCUUCGCGCCAGCUGGUGUCCUGCUGCUGAUGGCUACAUUCAACCGCUCGCCACCGCCAUCGUUGAUGAAGAUGAUGAAAAUAUUAAGAUAGAGGAUGACGUCCCAAAUGGAAAUGCUUUUACUGCUUCCGCUGACGUCGUUGCCAUAUUGAGACAUUCAGUAGUGGGGCACUGAUAACCGACAUUGAGUGAAAGUGUGCCAGCAAAUCGGAAACGAGGCGAGAAGAAAAAAAAAAGAAUCUCAACAAAGAUUGUGCAACUGAGAGUAAACGAAAGACAAGCAAAAUGUAUCUAGUUAGGGAAAACCUGGUGAUAAGUGAUGUGGAGACGUCCUUGGGCACGGGAUCCAAGGACGAUGAACUGCUGGGAGCCCCAUUUACCACCACCGGUGAGAUGCGGUUCGGAGUCGGAAUGGAACAGCUGGAGCUCAACUCUACCGAAUUCGGGUCAAAUGUUGUACAACUGUCCAGCAUGGAUGACGGUGCCCUGAGGACAAACGACACGACUCUCAACAGCACCGAGCAAGUGAUUGAUAGCUUCUACUUUUACGAGACUGAACAAUUUGCAGUAUUAUGGAUUCUAUUUAUAGUGAUUGUACUAGGGAACUUGGCUGUGCUGGUGACGUUGUUUAUGAACAAGAACCGGAAAUCGAGGAUGAAUUUCUUCAUCAAGCAGCUUGCCAUCGCAGAUCUCAGCGUCGGGCUGCUGAGCGUGCUGACGGAUAUCGUGCAGAGGAUUACCAUUUCCUGGUUGGCGGGCAAUGUGGCCUGCAAAGUGAUACGAUUCAUCCAGGUGUGGGUCACGUACGCAUCGACCUACGUGUUGGUGGCCCUCAGCAUCGACCGAUACGAUGCAAUAACUCAUCCGAUGAACUUUUCCGGCUGUUGGAAGAGAGCUAGAAGACUGGUAGGAGCCGCGUGGGGUUUUAGCGCAAUUUUUUCAUCGCCCAUGUUUUAUCUGUACGAGGAACGUGUCAUUCAAGAUCAACUUCAAUGUUGGAUAGACCUGGGAGACGCACUACGGUGGCAGCUGUACAUGUGUUGGGUGGCCACCUCGCUGUUUGUGAUACCAGCCUUCAUCAUCUCGGCUUGUUAUGUGAUAAUCAUCAAGACCAUUUGGUCAAAGGGUUCGAUGUUGGGUCCGGUUGGUGGAAAACAUCGCUUCCGGAACGGCAGUGCCGAACUGGCCCGGAGGCGUGCCAGUUCCCGUGGUAUCAUCCCGAAAGCUAAGGUGAAAACCGUCAAGAUGACCAUUGUGAUUGUGAUCGUGUUCGUGCUCUGCUGGUCGCCGUACAUCGUGUUCGAUUUGCUACAGGUCUUCGAGCAGAUUCCGAAAACUCAAACCAACAUCGCCAUCGCAACCUUCAUCCAAAGCCUGGCGCCGCUCAAUUCCGCAGCUAAUCCGCUGAUCUACUGCCUUUUUUCGACGCACUUUGUCAGAACGUUGAAAAGACUGCCGCCAUUUCGGUGGCUUUUCCGGUCCGGACUGUGUGGGACUCCUCCGGACGACGUUGUGUCCCACAAUGGCAGUGGGCAGACGAGCAGCAGUCGGUUACGGAACCAUCACAGCAGUGAUUCGAUGAGGACUCUCACCACAUCGCUGACCACAUCAACCCGCAGGCCGGCCACUAUCAUACGAACUUCGAGGGUGGUUAUUUAGCAGCAGCAGGGGUCCAUCGGUGGUACUGCUUACGUUCCAGCCCCGGGAGUGCGGGUCAGCCAUGGAGGGAAAAUAUUCCUGGUACAAAGUUUGCUGUAAAACUAAAGCGCAAAAAAGAUCUAGUCAAAUUUUAUAGCAUACGAAUCGAUAGGCUUAAGCGGAAACAUUUUAAGAUGCAACUUUUACGGUUACCAUUACAUUUUUCGAUGAAUAUUCUAUAUAUUUUCUACCGUUCGCUACAAAGAAUCUACUGUAAUAUGUUAGUCAUGAUAGAUUUUAAAUUAUAACCACACUGAUAUAGGUGCCAGUCCCCGUGAGUUUUUCAAAUCUCACUUUUGUAUAUAAAAAGGCGCCGUACAAGUGCUUUAACUGUCUAUGGCAACAAAGUGUAUACCAAAUAAUAAACGAAAGUAAAUCGAGCGCAUAAUGUAAUCCUAAAGUCGGAAAGCCCAAAAACGUCCCUGAAAACGGUGAAAAAUAAUGCAUUUACUCAUUGAUAGAUGGAUCAUGCGAAAGGAUUAAUGUCAUUUCCCUGUAUUAUACCCGCAUAUACCGUCACAUAUAUGUUAGACUGAUGAUAUUCAACGAUGCGAACUUUACCUACUAAACUUUACCGACACUAACCACCUGUGAAAAUAGCAUUAAACAUAGUUUAUGGAAUCGUUGGGAAUAUACCAGUUGACUUGUUCGAGUUGUGAGCAAAUAUUCCACUCUAGGUAGGUAACUGACCUAUGUACGAAAUUAUUAAAGCAGGCUUGAAUGAUUCGACGCUGGAAGUUUUGAUUGU